AUGGAAGAAACACCAUUACAUAUCCAAAGAUUGCAGGCAUUAGUGCCAUCAUUGAAAUACAAAUUUAACACUGAAAAUUCAAGAAAGACUGUGCCGAAACUAUUAUACUUUUUUAUAAAUAUUUCUUUUUAAAAAAUUUAUGUAAAGCAUAAAUUUAUAAAGCUAAGCAAGAGUUUUUUCCAUAGCUUAAUCAUUCUAAAUAAGUAUAGAUUUCCUUAAAACCCAGGAAAACUUUAAUUUAAGCUGCCAUAAGAAGCCUUUUACGAAAACUAAGAGUGAAAAAGAAACAAAUAUUUUUUCAAGUUUUAGGGAAUCUCAACAUAAAUUUUCCACCGAAGUCACUAAACGAAGAAUAUCAAAUAUACAAUCUUUGCCGGAUUUGAAAAACAGAGAUUUAGAAUAUAUAUCAAUUAAAACGACAAGAAAAAUACUAAAUUCAAUUGAACAAUAUAAUUUGUCUCUAAGUAGGCAUAAAGAAAACUAUCAUAAAUGUAAAAAUUUUAGAUGCAAAAGAAAAAAAUACACUGAAAAAUUUUGCGUUUAUGGGUGCAUGAAGCCUAUAAAACCGAUUGCUGAAAAAUUUAAACUUGAAGGUCAUAUCAGUAACAGGGAUGGAAGAAUUUCAGAAAGACCUAUUAAUAAGAAAUUUGCUGAACAAGGAACAGAUAUGGGAGAUUUUGCUAUACAAUCAGCAAGAGAGUUCAAACCUCAAUUUGAUUAA